CUUUUAAACUCGAUUUAUAAUCCGAACAAUGAUAUUAGAAGGGAUCUCGGGCCUUUGUUGAGGUUGCAAGCUGGUUGUACCGGACAUCUGUACCCAUUGGUUCUGGCCAGACAGACUUGCAACGUUAUUUCAGGGCACAGUCUGCCGUCACACGAAAAUUUCACAUUCAUAGGUGGAAGAGACCUUGGCGCGCCGGAUCUUAGGUUAGCCGGGCAGAGACGAGGUUUCUGGUGGCAGUGAUGGGGGACGAAAGGCUAUUGCCCUGACACCAGUGACAGAGCCCCACUACCAGGAUGGCAGCUUUGGCACGCAUGAGGACGACCGUGCUGCUCAACCUGGCUGCCAUUGUGGAGCGGGCUGAUGAACAGGUGCUGCCAGCGGUGUAUCUGUUCAUUGGGCACUCGCUGCGGGCCACACCUGCUCAGCUAGGCACUCUCACACUCUGCAGAGCCAUGGUCCAGGCGUUGAGUUCUCCCAUCAGCGGGAUCCUGGGCAACAACUUUGACCGCACCUCCAUCGUCUCCUUUGGAUGCUUCCUGUGGGGCGUCAUGACAGCUGCUGUGGGCAUGUGCACCUCGCUCUCACAGGCGAUGCUGUACUCGGCUGCAAAUGGUGUGGGACUGGCGCUGGUCAUUCCCUGCGUGCAGUCCCUCAUAGCAGACUACAAUCCCCCGGAGAGCCGCGGCCGCGCCUUCGGGGUCAUGUUCUUCACCUCUGCACUCGGGGGGAUGGCGGGCGGCUUUUUCGCGACCAAUCUGGGCGGGAUGCAGAUUCUGGGGCUGGAGGGCUGGCGCUGCGCAUUCCACCUCGUGGCAGCUCUUUCCAUUGUCACCAGCGUUCUUGUGAUGUGGCUGGCUGUCGAUCCCCGCCGCAAAAUUGCGGGGAUGAUCUCGCCGAUGAAUUUGGGCGACGGGUCAAAGCUGAGGCUGACUGAUGACGGCGAGGUGCCCGCGGCAAAUUUCCCCUCGCUAAAAUUGCCUGGGCAGGCGGACACUCCUGCCAAGUCACGCAUCAGGCUGAACAUUGGCGGGCUGGGGGAGGCGCCCGGCAGGCGCAGGGCGGGGGAGGUCCUGGCAGAGGUGCUCAGCGUCAUGCGCAUCCGCACCUUCCAGAUCAUCGUGCUGCAGGGGAUAGUGGGCAGCACGCCGUGGAACGCGAUGGUGUUCUUCACACUGUGGCUGCAGCUGACGGGCUUCAGCAAUUUUGCCGCCGCUGCGCUCAUGGCAGUCUUUGCCGGCGGCUGCGCCCUUGGCGGCCUGCUAGGAGGCUACCUGGGGGACUACUGCGCGCGGAUCUGGCCGGAGCGCGGGCGAAUAAUGGCGGCGCAGUUCAGCGUUGCUUGUGGCCUGCCCCUGUCGGUGCUGUUGCUGAAGGGGCUGCCUGUGCGCGGCGGAGGGAACGCCGCAGACGGCCUGGUCCCCCUCUACGGCACCGUCAUGCUCAUCUUCGGCCUGCUCAUCAGCUGGUGCGGGUCGGCAAACAGCGUGAUGUUUGCAGAGAUAGUCCCGGAGCAGCUGCGAUCGGUGGUGUAUGCUUUUGACCGCUCCUUUGAGGGUGCCAUUGCUGCAUGCGCUGCACCCCUAGUAGGCAUGAUAGCGGAGCGGGUGUUUGGGUUUGAGGGGCAUUUGGAGGAGAGCGUGAAGGAUCCUCUCAAGGCCGCGGUCAAUGCGCAGGCGCUGGCCAACGCGCUGCUGUGCUGCCUGCUCGUUCCCUGGACCUUCUGCCUCAUCUUCUACACCGGGCUGUACAGGCAUUUCCCGAGGGACAGGAGGAGGGUGGGCGCACCCCCGCUGGGCGCCGAUGCAAAGAUCUCGGGGCAGUCGCCGCGGCCGUCGCCGGCAUCAGUCAUCAUCGUGGGCGCGGGUUCGGGGGCGUCCUCUGGCAGCGGCAGCAGGGAACGCCUCGCGCCGCGCUCCGGCCACCUCAGCGACUGA